UUCAGAUGAAGUUAAAUUGUAUAAUCCUCAUAUUCAUAUCUGUAGCAGCCGCAGAUAAAGAACGCGAGAUUGACGGUGCAGCAUCUCGUAUUCAAAAGCAUCUUGGCGAAACAGAAGACGAUCAUCACGGCGAUCAUCAGGCUGUCCUUGGAUCCCGGAAAACGGCUGAAGAAUUUGACGAUAUGCCAGUUGAAGAAUCUAAAAGACGUUUGGAGAUACUUGCGCUCAAAAUGGAUUCUAAUGGGGAUGGAUUCAUAGAUGAAAACGAAUUGACAAAUUGGGUGGAGCGAUCAAUGGUGUCAUUAGACGAAGAGGAGGUCAAUGAACGAAUGACCGAAAUGGAUACGGACGGAGAUAAAUUGGUUUCAUGGGAUGAGUACGUGGCCGACUCGUUCCCCGAACAAGAUAUCAAGAAACUCGACCCCGAUGAUAAAAAGUUGAUGGAUGAGGACGCAAUGUACUUCAAAGCAGCGGACGUAGAUAAGGACGGAAAGCUUAAUAAAGAAGAACUGAGCGCUUUUCUUAAUCCAGAGAACUACGCACACAUGCACAAGAUACUCGUUGAUGUAACAAUGAAAGAGAAGGAUCUGAAUAAGGAUGGCGCCAUUAACUUGAACGAGUUCCUUGGUGAAAUGGCUGACAACUCACAAAGCGAGUGGCAUAAGGUCGAGUCAGACAGAUUUAUGAAGGAGUACGACAUCGAUGGUGAUGGUGUUUUGCGUGGUGAAGAAGUGCGUCGUUGGUUGAUCCCUGAUGUAAAAAUGGUCGCCAAACAAGAAGCCUCACAUCUUAUCAGUGGUGCAGAUAAAAACAAAGAUGGAAAAUUGAGUAUUAAUGAGAUACUGGAUGCUCAUCAGCUAUUUGUUGGUUCCGAAGCCACCAACUACGGAGAGGAUCUGCAUAAAAUAUCUCACACUGAACUAUAAGUCGGUAAAUUAUUGAUUCUGUCACGAUCCUCCCCUCAUGUCCGCCUUCUAUGUCCUCUUAUCAUCCAUAUUAGUGAACUUGUAGUGUCCGUCAAAGCGUUUAUACUGCAUACGAGAAGCGAAAAUCGGUCGAUUGAUCUCUAAGUAGUAGUGUGAUGGUGAACGUAUUUACGCGCCGCAUUACUGUAACUACAUUAUGUAUGCUUGUGUAACAUCUAAUAGCUGCCCGUUCUCGCCUUUCGCGGCAAGUAUCGCAAACUGCUCGUGCUGUUGUUGUAUUUUUUUCUAGGAUCCACGCAAGGGUCACGUUCUAGUGUUAUUCCAAAUGAAUUUUUAGUCCUUCCAUAGUGAAGAAUGUGUAGUCGUGUCAUUGAGCCAUCCGUUAUGCUGAUCUUAUCGAAUCUACGGUCUUUUUGCCUUCGUACAUCUCUCGCCUCUCUUCUCAUUGAAUCAUCUCCAUCGAUCUUCCAAAGCCAUUCAGGCUCAAAAUGCCAUCCAUUGAGAUAUUAUUUUUAUUAGAAUUUCUAUCUCUACAGUUGCAGUAUAAGUAGUUAGCUCAUAUAUCGGUUUCUUUGGUGCUUUUUCUAUCCAUUACUUUCUUUUUUAUUCAGCCAAGUUCUCGAAUUGCUCUCUGUCUCGGUCCAUGCCAAUGAUCAUCUCGUCAUUAUGCUUUUUCGUAAUGAAAUUUGCGCUUUAUUAUGGUUUAGUUUGUCCAUAUAUGUCUUCCUGGGCUCAAAAUUGGUUUUUCUGCAAUAAUAAAAGUAUUUUACAGGCGUUGGAA